AUGCAACAGCAGCAGCAGCAGCAGCUGAAGCUAAAGCGACGGCGGCAGUCCAGAGGACAAUCCAGUGGCGCCGCGGGGGCCCGCUGCACAUUGUGGUGGUGGACAGUGGUUGUGAUCGGUGGUCUCCUCAUAUCCAUACCCAUAUCCACUGUACCGCCGGCAACGGCAACGCUCCUCCUCUUCCUGCAGCCGGCCUUCGUUUCAGCCGCAGCCCUCGCGGUGCCGCCAAUGCCAAUGAGAUCGGUGAGUCAUGCCGCCAGGAUCUUGCAGCGGGAACCGGAACAGGAUAAUAUAGCAUACCUAUGGGCGACGGCAACGUUCAGUGAUAAGUUCAAUAAGCAAAUAACACGCAGAAGCAGCGGUAAUUGUGUGAAAUGCCAGAAAAGCGAUUCGUUAACAAAUUCAACAUCGAAUGCAACUGGAAAAGGCGGCGAAAGUGAGAGCAGUGUUCUAGGUGCAGGUGCAACAAGUGUAAAUAGUGGUAGUAGUGCAAUUUUGUGCAGUGUAAAUAGUGCAAAUAAUACGCGUAAGUUAAAUUUAAUUCCGAGCAGGGAGCUGUCGCAGCCGCAGCCACAGCCACAGCCACAGAGGCCGCCUCUCGCUGUUGGCACAAAUUUGCAAAAUAAAUUACCAGCAUCGAGUGCGGAUUGCCACUUAAGUCCAAGUGCCGAGACAAAUAUUCAUACAAACCGGCGAUCCCUAUGCCAUCGCCAUCGCUCCUCCUGUCCAUAUCGUCAUCGUCAUUAUUGUCAUCGUCAUUAUCGUCAUCAUCGUUGUUGGCCGCGUUGUUGUUUUCGUUGUCGUUGUUGUCGUUGUCGUUGUCGUUGUCGCGUCGCGUCGCAGUCUGCAUCCGCAGCGCCCGCGUCUAUGCAUUUGCCAUAUCAAAUUAAUCAACGUGCUACAUUGUUGCAGCAAUCUGCAGCAGCAACACAAGCAGCAACAUCAACUACAUUGCCACAUGUGCAUCGUAUUUUUAAACGCAAACGUGAUACAGCCCAAACAGCGACCACUGCAUCACCUUUGACCCCGCCACAGCAUCCAACAUCAACAACCAGCACGCCAAGAUCGCGACUGGAGUUCAUACUUUACACGGAAGUUUAUGAAGUGGAGGAUUCGGUUUCCUCAGGCGACUCCAACUCCAACUCCGAUCCCCACUCCCAUUUCGAUUUGAAAACCAAGUCGAGUGUGGGCAGCAAAGAAACCUUCUGGCAGAAAUACGGUGAGUAG